CAGUCUCCAACUUUAGCUUCGUAGAAAUUUGUUGGGAAAAGCGCCAAAUGCACCAGAAGAAGAAGAAGAACAACAGCAGCAAACCAAACGCCGCCAUUGAAAACCAUGGUGCCAAGCUCCGGCGUCUCCCUUCCCUUUUCGCCGCCAAGCUGACCCAUGACGCCGCCGCCGCCAUGACCAAGCUUUGCCGGCGACUCGUCCGCUGGAGACUUCUCGAACGGGUCUCCCUCGUCCGCCACUUCUUCCGCCUCAUUUGGGACAGCCUUUUCGUUUGCUCUUCAGGACGGACCCCCGGUAAAUACCGCCGCCUCUCCCCCCCCGACGCCGGCCUCUCGCCGGACGACCCGACCACCAGUGCUGGGCUCCAUUCCGAUUCCGAUUUCGACUCCGACGAUUUGGUUCCUCUGAAGAUUAGUCUGUUGGGCGAUUGCCAGAUUGGAAAAACAAGCUUCGUGAUCAAGUACGUGGGCGAUGAACAGGAGAGGAGAAGCUUGCAGAUGACAGGAAUAAACCUAAUGAAUAAGACGCUGAGUAUCCAAAAUGCUCUGAUUUCGUUCAGUAUUUGGGAUGUUAAGGGUGACAGAAGCUCCCAGGAUCAUCUUCCGUUGGCCUGUAAAGAUGCAGUGGCAAUCUUGUUCAUGUUUGAUCUUACCAGUCGGCGAACUCUAAACAGUGUUGUUGAUUGGUAUACAGAAGCGAGGAAGUGGAACCAGACAGCCAUUCCCAUUCUGAUAGGAACCAAAUUUGAUGAUUUUGUUAGACUUCCUCCAGAUUUGCAGUGGACUAUUGUGAGUCAGGCAAGAGCUUAUGCAAGAGUUAUGAAGGCCACUCUGUUCUUCUCCAGCUCCAUCCACAACAUCAAUGUCAACAAGAUCUUCAAGUUCAUCGCCGCCAAGCUCUUCGACGUCCCGUGGUCCAUCGAGCGGAAUCUCACCAUCGGUGAGCCGAUCAUUGACUUCUAACUUCUGUUACACGCGAUUCCGGUGUACAUACAACACGAGAACCCCCACGAAAGAGAGAAAGAAAGAAAGAAAGAAAACAAAGAAAGUAGAAGAAAAGGAGAAAUUUUUGUUUUUACUUUUUCCCCCACAGGUUAGAUUAUGAGUUGGGUUUGAUCUGUUGGGAUUUGUUAUUUGAAAUCUUAUUUGUAACUUUUUCUUUGGGGGGUCCAAAUGAACGGAUUGUUGUAGAAGAAAGAAGAGAGGAAGAAAAAAUACAGAUCAUACUCUGAUUUGUUUUUACUCAAUGACAGAGUAGAUUUGUUUGCCUUAGGAGGAUAUGAAAAGCCAGCACUGAGAGAUUCUCAUGGGGUAUCUUCCAUGGAAGAAGCAAACUCACAUAUGAUUUGAUGUUUUGGAAGUCUCCUCUUUCUUCUUCUUGAAGCUAUGGUGAAACCUUAACAAUAUUUGGCCAACUAUUUGGGUCGGGUUGGGUCGGGUGUAGUUUGAAAUUUGGAAGUUGAGUCUUUCGAGUCACGAGUUUGCUAAAUCUUCGAGCUACAUACAAUAUAAUACAUGCUACAUGU